AGUCAAAAGUCAAAGUGCCGGUGUUUAUUUUACUUUCAAUAAUCAAUUUUUCCUAAAUAAAUACUCAAAAAUAAAUUCAGAAGGCUCGAAAAUGUCGCUCCUGCCUUUAGAAUCCAAUCCAGAUGUUAUGAACAAGUUCAUUCAUCUAUUGGGUGUCCCUGAAAAAUGGACCAUAGUAGAUGUCUACGGUUUGGAUGCAGAAACUCUAGCAUGGGUUCCUAGACCUGUCCUAGCCCUGAUUUUGCUAUUUCCCUACAACAAAAAGUUACUUGACUACGUAGAAGGAGAAGCAGAAGAAAUCAAGAAAAAAGGCCAAGUUGUAGCAGACGAUUUGUUUUACAUGAAGCAGUACAUUCCAAAUGCUUGCGGCAGCAUCGCCUUGAUCCAUUGCAUUGCCAAUAACGCUGAAAAAGUGGAAUUAAAAGAUGGCCCUUUCAAAAAAAUCUUGGAAGAUUCUAAGAAUUUGUCUCCAGAAGCCAAAGGCGAAAUGCUGUCUAAUAUCGACACCAAUUCUGAAGCUUACAAGCUGAUAACUGCCCAUCAAGAGUUGGCAAUGGAAGGGCAAACUGAGGCUAACCCAAAUGACAAAGUCAACCAUCAUUUUGUGGCUUUUGUACACAAAGGUGGUAACAUUUAUGAGUUGGAUGGUAGGAAGGAGUUUCCUAUUAAUCAUGGGCCAACUACUGAUGAUACGUUUUUGGAGGAUGCUAGUAAUGUUUGCAAGAAAUUCAUACAGAGAGAUCUUGAAGAUAUUAAUUUUACUAUUAUGGCUUUGUGCCAAGGAGAUUGAAUUUGUAUGCGCUUAUUUGUUUUUAUUUUUCAGUUGGGACAAGGCUAUAAUAUAAAAUCAGCAAUAUUUAUGCUUGUGUUUGCUUGAAAAUUGCUUUUGUACUGAAUAUAUGUAAUAAAAUACUUUAUAAAAGUAAUGAAAUGUUUUUUUAUUUAUUGGGUUUUACAUAUUAUGUAUUCAAAAUUACUUUAUCAUUUUCGAUGAGAACAUUUGGAAUCUUUUUUAAUUUUUUGUUUAGUUUUUUAAUAAUUUUUGCUUUAUCUUCAGUUUCUCUUGAUACAUUCAUGUAGGCUCUCACAAUUUUCUUUUGCAACUUUUUCUGAGAGAUGGUUUGCUUUUCUGCUAAUAUUUCCAAAAUUUUAGCUUUGUAAUCAAAUUUUUCAGUAGUAACAUUUUCUUCAAUUUCAGCAGCAGAUUCUUUUUUCUUCUUAGUAACGGUUUCGGUAUCAUUGGUUUCUUCAUCAGCUUUUCUCUUGUUGUUAGUUUCAGUGGGUUUAUUGAAAUUUGCAACCUUAUGUUUUUCAAUGAUGUCCCAAGCUUCUUCAACAUCUCUCAUAUUAGCUCUGCCUCCAGAAG